AUGGCGAAUGGAACAUGCGCUGGAGGUGGAUCUGACUUGCGGACUUUAACAUCAAAUGGAUUUCAAGAAGCGAAUGCAUCGUCCAAGGACGCACGGGGGACGCAGUUUGCAGCCAGAGCCGAGGAUCAUGAAUUCGAGGAAUCUCGAAUGCAAGAAGGUUCACACUGCCUUUUAAUGCUGCCAUGUGAAAUAGCCGCCAACGGUCGCUCUAUGACAGGAGACAUCAGUAAUGUCGCCACACCCAGCCUUGAUGGGACCAACACUUAUACGAACGGAACCGAGUUUUAUGGCGGCUCUUCAAACUUGGCCUUCCUGGCGAAGCUGUUUUCGAAAGCCCGCAAGCGAGCAACUGCGAUGUAUCAGGAGGCCCCUCCAGGAGCGGCUACCCCUCUUAUACCAGCAGAGGAAUCCACUUCGCAGUUAAAACACCUCAAUAACAACAGGUCCUCGCUUGUCGACCUCAUGUACAGUGUUGACUAUCACUCGCCCGCAUUGCAUGGUCCGACGCCGCCGAACCAUGGGCACAUGGAAACGCCGAAUGCACGUUUUGUAAGCCCCAGUACCAGAACCGUGAAUCAAGCCUCGCCAGACUACAGUGCCAACCCGUUGAUCAACGACAGCUUUGCGCCGGCGGGCCCACUGAGGCAGACCCCAGUGAUUGCGUCUGCGCUAACGGCGCCCUUGGACACAGAGCUGGGCACAGCAGAGGUAGAGAAGAUCUUCAUCGAAGCUUACUUCAACAAUGUCCAUUACAUUCACCCCAUGCUGAUAGAAGAAUCCUUCGAACAAGAGUGCCAGAGGCAGGCGUGGAUCAAUCAGCCUACCGCGGGUUGCAAAGAUCGUCGACCACAGUUCAUGGCGUUGUACUAUGCCGUAGUGGCGUUGGGUGCCAUCAACAGCGGCCCCGAUCAGGCUGCGUCCCUGGCAAAGCAAUAUCAAGAUGCCGCCUUCUCUCGUGGACGCGGAAGGAAGCCGGUGCGAUCCGCCUUGGAAUGGGCGAGUCAUUACUUUGGUCUCGCAAAGCAAGCCUUGGGGGAUAUCAUGGAGAUAUCCUCGCUUGAAACCUGUCAAACCUUGUUCAUGAUGACUGUAUUCUGCCAAAACGCGCUCAAGCCACACGCCUGCUACAUGUACAGUGGAAACGCUGUACGGACGGCAGUAGCAAUUGGCCUGGCCAACAAUUCACGAUAUACCCACGCAGAAGAAGUCAAGCGCACGUGGUGGUGCAUCUAUUCGCAUGAAAUUGAGAUGUGUUGCUCGUCCGGGCGGCUUGAUUCUCUGAUGGCUCCUGAGCAUUAUUCUCUCCAAAUACCAGGCAACAAUGCUGCAAGGAGCCCUGAAAUUGCCAUCAUCCCUGCGAUGGUCGACCUUGCCCGCAUACUCAAGAAGGUCUCCACAGACAUUUAUUCAACAUCUGGACGACGCUCGAUGAACGAAAUGUCGCGGAUAGGGCUCGAACUCAACAAAGACAUCGAUCAGUGGAAGGCCGAUUUACCUCCUUUCUUGAACUUCGACUUGGAAUCAUUGGAUGAUCCAGUCUGGGCGUACAAGCAGAAAGUGGUGCUGAAGAUGCGUUUCUACAAUGCCCGCAUCCUUAUUAACCGGCCGUUCGUUGUGGCUUCUGCGCCAGCUCAUGGCUUAGCCGGCUUCUCCUGUCACGUCGACAUAUGCCUUGACGCGGCCCGAAAAACAAUAUUACUGAUCCACAGUGCAUUUGUCAACAGGAUAUAUCUUCGAACGUGGUGGUAUUGCGCAACCUACACUCUCUACGCGAACAUGAUAAUUCUUUACCUCGUGCUGAUGGAGUUCCCUUCGGUGCGCGCAGAGGAGCUCAUUGCGGAUGUCGAAAAGAGUCUGAAAAUCUACAACGCCAUGAAAGAAGUCGUUGUAGCUCGAAGAUGCGCCGAGUUGACCAAGGAAAUGCUCACUGUGGCAAAGAGACAUCAGCAAGAAUUGCGGAGAAGAAAAGAGGCGCGUUGCGAUGCGGUAGCAGUUUCGAAUCUUCCUCCACCUGAUCAUGAUCCGUGGAGCGAUGGCUCUCUCUCGACCGUUUUGAAUCAGUCAUUGCCAGGCUGGGACAAGACUGCCAGCCUAGCGCAUCUGUACGAUCCCAGCGUUCUUGAACAAUUUGCAUUUUCGGCCGACAGAGAAGCCGACGGGUCUGUCGACACCUUGAUGGACUUCUCCACCGGCAAUGGUGACGAAAGAGCAAUUACUGGUCCGAUGUGGGGAAUCUUCGAACCUUUCGAGGAGAACUGGUUGAGCGGAAAUUAA